AUGUUUGACCUGUUUGGAUCGACUCCACAGUUCAGAGUAGGUUUGAGGAUAGAGGGGUUCCUCUUUCUGAUUCCUCCUGGGGCUCAGUGAACACUCUGGGGCUCUGUGUUUAGGCAGGAGGGGGGACUCUGUCAAACGGGUUUAUUUUGCUUAUCGCUGCAUACCAUGAGAUACCAUGGUAUACCAAGCAGGCCUACAGUGACAUGGAUCCAGACCACCAUUGUCACUGUCUUGAUAAGUAGUCUAACCAAAUCUUCCUUGUCCUAAAAUAUUCUGGUGAGAACACACCUAUGUUUAGGAUUGAUAUAGCCUAUUUCUCUGAAAUUCAAUAUUGACAGUGAACAAAAAUGGGAUUUCUCACCAAACUCCUAGAAGUUGAAUAACACUCUUUGAUAUAGAAGAUGCAACCAGAAUGUUUCUUUGAACUCCACCACCAAAAAUCGUAAAAGAUACUGAUUUCCUGUUUGUACUUGUGCUCUGUCUGUGUGUCUUGGUGGCACUUAGCUCUGUGCAGCGCUAUCUGUGAGCAUUUAGUUUGGUUACUUAAGAGUCGGGCAGGAAGGAAGUGGCUGUCAUUCCCCUGACAGAAUGGUCUUUCCUCUGGUAUCGAGCGUCCAGGUGAUUUGAUUUGAGCCUUGGUCUCAGUGUCAACAUUCCAUGACAUUCUCUCCCAUUGUGGACACAGAGCGAUGCAUGUCUCAGGGAGGCUGGUGUUCUGUCUUCCCCAUUCUCUUUUUUCUUUUUCUUUUUUUCUUUAACCUUUUAUUUAACUAGGCAAGUCAGUUAAGAACAAAUUCUUAUUUACAAUGACGGCCUACACCGGCCAAACCCGGACGAUGCUGGGCCAAUUGUGCGCCGCCGUAUGGGACUCCCAAUCACGGCCGGUUAUGAUACAGCCUGGAAUCGAACCAGGGGGUCUGUAGUGACGCCUCAAGCACUGAGAUGCAGUGCCUUAGAUCACUGCGCCACUCGGGAGCCCUAACACUGGACGGACAUUGUGGCCACUGAGAGCUUCAACCAGCUGUCCCUAACACAUUCAUUGGCUCUUGUUAAUCUUCUAUUCUGGUUUUGUCCUCUGGUGGCAGAAUUGGAAGAUGGGAGGAAAGGGUAUGCUAGCCUCUAUGAGUAAUGCACUUCUUGUGUAGAGAGGGUAUAAAUAACAGUUUUAUUUGUUACCAGUGUCAUCUCUGCAGAGGAAAUUAUCAGCAUGUGAGAGAGGCAAACAUGUAAUGAUUGACUUGAAGAAUGCAUUUUACGCCUUUUGCUUUAGCUCUACAAGGGUCUAAUAUCUUGUCUCUUGGUCAUAAAGCUCAGUUGGUAACGAGCGCUCAGGAUGGAGGGAAUGGCUCAGUGGACAGAAUUCACUGUGGCUUUUUUCAGGAGCCCGUUUAUGAAUGCCACAGAGCCUAACUUUUUUAACUUGUGAAACCGCUACCAACUGGAUAUUAACAAACCCAGUGAUCCAGUGGGAAGGUGGUGUUGUUGAGCAGCUUUUUUCUUUUUCGGGCCGCGGUUCCGCUGGGUGAUAAUGGAGAUUUUCUUGGCAAGCUCACACAACGGCUCCUUGCACAUUGUUCCCAUGUUACACUUCACUGUUGCUCCCAGUCUCCCCUGGCCGGAGGGAGAGGGGCUCUGCAGGAAGAGGCCCCAGCCGACCUGGCCGUCCCCCUGCUUCUUUGUCUCAAUGGAGGCACGCUUGAUUUCCUGGCAGUGUGGCUGUGAAAUGAGCCCUGAAAUCCCAGAGCCUCCUGGAACUCCGAGCCUCCUCCGGAUCCUCCAGGAUGUGCCCUCCACCACCAGUACUGCCAGUCUCUGCCAGCCUGAGCCUAACAUUCUACUUGAAAUAUGUGUGUUGUGCUGGUGUUUGGUACAGCGUGUCUGAUUCCAUACAUCUUCAUCAGCUGUCUGAUGUUAUCUGGAGAGCGGCAGGGAAAUUGGCCUCUUUCUGCGGCCGUUUAUUAAACUUAAGACAGGCAGAGGGAUGAUGGCCGGGUACUAAUUUGCGUUGAGGGUGAAUCCAUUUUAAGAGCUGGGCUGACGAAGCCGGUCUGCAGGGCUGGAUGCGGAUGUAAUGGAAAUCUGUCUGCUUUGGCUGCUGCGAUCUGCACUGAUGAUACACUGAAACAGGUCCUGGUCGCUAUGGAGCCAACCUACCUACUGAAACAGGCCCUGGUCCCUAUGGAGCCAACCUACCUACAGAAACAGGCCCUGGUCCCUAUGGAGCCAACCUACCUACUGAAACAGGUCCUGGUCGCUAUGGAGCCAACCUACCUACUGAAACAGGUCCUGGUUGCUAUGGAGCCAACCUACCUACUGAAACAGGUCCUGGUCCCUAUGGAGCCAACCUACCUACUGAAACAGGUCCUGGUCGCUAUGGAGCCAACCUACCUACUGAAACAGGUCCUGGUCGCUAUGGAGCCAACCUACCUACUGAAACAGGCCCUGGUCGCUAUGGAGCCAACCUACCUACUGAAACAGGUCCUGGUCGCUAUGGAGCCAACCUACCUACUGAAACAGGUCCUGGUCGCUAUGGAGCCAACCUACCUACUGAAACAGGUCCUGGUCGCUAUGGAGCCAACCUACCUACUGAAACAGGUCCUGGUCCCUAUGGAGCCAACCUACCUACUGUAGAGAAGAGCCCUCAGCACUUGACCUGGCAGUUCUCAACAAACUGAAAUGAACAGGGAACCUAGGAUGUUGCUUAUUGUCGUGAAGCCAUUGAAAGUAUUUCACUCCAAUGACUUCCAACUCCCGCCGCCAUAUUGUACUGAUUGCUCAUCACGUCCCUGUGAACACCAGCCCUCUUCUCGUUCUCAGGGUGUCUCCCCACCCAACUUGGGCUGUGAUGUUCAGUGUGCAAGUGCUGAAUAGCCUUUAUUCAUCCAGCCCCCAGAGCGGUGCAACUCCAGCCCUGGCAUCACCAUGACUAAAUCCCAGAUGGUGGCUCUUUCUUUGCCUUCCCCUGGAGGGUGGAGGUGCUGCUGACUGGGUGCUGCUGCCUGCUGCAGCCUGUCUGGACUGGGGGGGGGCUUCUAUUCUUCCCAGGCCUGCGCCUGAUUGUAAAAUAAGAUUUAGUCCUAUUAGAUCUGGCAGAGCAGGGAGCUGAGUGAGCAAGGCCUCUUGUCUAAACGCAAAUGGAUUAGGGAGAAGGAUCUAUAGUGGUUUGUGACGUUCCCCAAGUUUAGACAGGGCCCUCUGGUACCCGCUAAUUCAGUGUGUGGAUUAUAUGUUGAAGAUAGCAGGAUUUAGCUAAAGCGUGCUGCUGGAGUCUGGGUUGAAUUGAGGGCAUUGAUCUGAGAGGGGCCGUCCUCAGCGGAACUUCUGGGGUUUUUGGGAGGAAGUGAACGUUGGCUGUGGGAUCUGCGCUGUCAAUAAAGGAAGGGUCAGCGGGCCAUGUUGCAGCCAGCGCAACGCUGCGUCUUGAAAAGGAUCAGUGGUUGCUGCGUUCAUCCUGAAUAUCUUUACCUUUUAACCCUGGCCUGCACAGCUCUUUUGUCAGCCCCAAAAGGAGAAAGGACCCCCCACACACACAACAACAAUGAGCCUUUCAUCAGCCCAGUUUGUUUUAUCCUACUAUAUUGGCUGAAUCCUCCACCCCGGAGUUCUCCCUUAGCUCUGCUGCGCUACACACCACACACUCUCCCAGCACAACCCACCACGGCUCAUCCUCUCAAAGUGCCACACAUGUGACCCUCACAUCGCCGUGUCGGCUAACUCCAAGCCCAAUCCUUUUCACACCCUGCUGUAACCCCUCAAGGAUGUGGAUCCCUCAUUAAUACACACACUUAUACACACAUUCUUAGUCCUUCACAUGCACUAUGUCUCUCUAACAACCAUACCCAGGCACAUUGUAAGAGCCGACUCCCCUCCCCCAGCUGUGAUUGACAAGUGGAGCAGCAGUACAUGCAUCAGAUGGUUUCACAUGGGGAGUUGGGGGGUGAGGGGCACGUACACUGGGGUUUGUUUCAGCCAACUCUAUUGUUGCUGCUCCCCAUGGCUCCCUCUCUCUGUCUCCAGUCUGGGGCGGCCUCUACCCUCACUGCCUGCUCUUUCAAGGGCUCCCCUUGUUAUUGGCUUGUAGAGAAGAACGAACAGAGUAGAGGGUAAAUUUACUUAUGAGCUUCUGCGAAUCAGGUCUUGUCUAGGGGGAUUCCUUGAAAGCCAGCUAACAACCUAAGCCUAACUCAUAUGUAUUUAGUGCGGCUGGCUGACGUGUUUACAUCCCAGUCUCAAUACAGUGUGAUGCAACAUCACACAUUGAGCAGGUAAGAGCGGGAUGGGAAAUAUGGUGUUCGGAGCAUUUUUCGGCAGGGUGUGCAAUGCAUUUCCUCCCUCAAGACAACGGGGGAGGGGAGUUUGUGUUGGGGGGUGCAUUAACCAGCGGGAGUGUCACCCCACAGACUCAGAGACUGGGAGAGGGGGGGGUUGCUGUGUGUGUGGGAGGGAGGCGCAGAUUGGGUGAUACAUGUGGGACCUGAGGCUAAGGGUGGAGGAUGGUGUAGAUGGGCACAAGCUCGGGUGCUUAGAGGCUGUAGUCAGAACAGCCUGAAACAAAGACUCAGUCAGAUACACUUCUUGGUCUUAGGAGCAGUUGUUAGUUGGAGUACUUAUCACCUGUUUUGUAAAGGGCUGUUCGAAAUGGUUCUGUCAAGCAUGCCUUUCUCUGUGAUAUGUUUGAAUAGUCAGUGUUCCCCUGUCUUUCUUUAGUAGGCUACAUGAUGUUCCUUAUGCAAGUUUUGCUGUACUGUUGUUUUUAGUUUCACCUGUUGCUCCUCUCUCAUUCCCGCUCUCCUGUCUCACCGUUCUGUUGUCUCACUGCUGUUGUGCGUUCUCUGUGCCAUACUCAUGUUGCUGCACUUCUAGUCCUACCCCUGCUCUCCCAUCUGCCUCGUGUUGUUUUCCCCAGGCCAUUGCUCACUCUGUUAUUGCUAUCAGGUAUCCUUGGGACGUCCCUACCUUAACCAUUUAAAAUUUCAACUUCAAUGUGGUGACGUCAGUUGGACGUCCCAAGGAUCCCGGAUAGCUCCCACCACAUUGGUCAAACAGUUUUUUCCUCUGUAGGGCCAGCAGGCUAAAUGUGUGUGUAGGAUGUGGGAAAUUAGACCUUUUGGGUUGUCAGCGUAAAGCAGGAAACUCCAGUUCUGAGAGGAAGUUGAAGUGUUUACCCGUGUGGCUGUGGAGGAAUGAGACUGCUGGUGCUGGCCUCCCAUCUCCUGUGCUUAAUGAUCCUCACCCAGGGGGCUCUGCUUUCUGCACGGCAGUAAGCUCAGCCCGGGAAAGAUCUGUCCAACUUCAGUCUCCCCAGCCCAGCCCCCUCACUCCCCUCCCCAGCACAGCCAACUGUCACACCUGGCCAACUGGCCCUGACAUUGAGACUGCAAUGAAACUCAGCCGGAGCUCCUACUUGAAUGAUCAUGGGAAUCAGCAGUUUGCUAUGUGUGUACCUCCUUGUUUUCCCUAUGUGUUGUAUGACGCUGUAGAUUCCCCAUGGCAAAGUGGUAGAAGAUGGGUCCUUUACUAGCUGCUGCCUUUGGUGUCGGCUAAUGGGGAUCCUAAUGCAUAAAAUAAAGAUGAUUCCCAUGUAAACAGUUUUGUCGGGUUGUUGUUUUCAGGGGCCAAAUGGAGACCAUGGCUAGGUAGCACGGAGGCCAUCAUGUUUUGAAUGUGUCCGAACGUUGCUCCGGGGUUUCACAGCAGCAAGCGCGAGAUGGGCGGACCUAUCACCAGAGCUCCAACCAACUCAUUAUGCAUCCAGAUAGGUGGUAUGCAGGCAUCCAUCUUGUUUAUCUAUCUUUUGGUUCUUCUCAAGGUCAGGUAUGAGACAUAUCUCAUUGCUCUCCGGAACAAAUGCAUGGCACAUCCUGAGGAUGUAGGGCGUCUUCCUGUGUUGUUAUGGUGUGUGCCUUGCUACGUGUCGUGUGGGAGGGGAGGUCUGAGUGUUGUCAGUUGAUGGCUCCUGAAGGAGCCAUGUAAGAGGAGGAGUGGGGGAGGUAAGUGAGAAUAGCCUUCACACAACAAAGGCAGGCCUCCCAACCCCGUCCCUCCUCUAACUGCCUGCUUGAACCCCUCCUGGAGCUGUUAACGGCAUUUGCAUGAAAAAUCAUCUGCAGUGAGGCUCUGCAGAGAGAAGCCAGCCCUGAUACCAUGUCCUCUCUGGGUCUGCUGGAGCCGUCAGAUACAGCCCCAGUGGCAGGGCUUAUCACACUAGGCCACACGUUGUCGUUGGUACACGAGCAUUGAUUGGGAGAACUGGGCGUGUUUCUUUUAUCUUCAAAUGCACCCGCCUGUCUCCUCAGACCCUUCUGUUGCUGAGACUGUCUUGUAGGGUCACUGAGUGAGCAUGUGUUCUGUUUUCUCUGUGGCGUGGCCCUAUGGCGAAUGAUCAGCCCCAGCAGGGGCUCUAAAUGGCAGUGGCCUUUGACACCGGGCCUCCCUGGCUCUACCUGGGGUAUCUGUCGGCCUGCGGAGCGAGGAGCUCUGGGACCUUUGUGCACACAUUCAACCAACCUGCUGUGUUAACCCACCACAGAGGCUCUGUUUACGUAAUCAUCAGCAAAUGUUUGUGAAUCGUGUGGGUGUUUUUCUCUCUGACGCAAGAGGCUCGUGGCAGCACACAACUGAAGUCCAUUCCUUUGAAUGGGAUUGGCCCAUCUUUGACCAAAAAUAUGUCCUGUGUUACACAUUAUGUGUAACACAGGACAUAUUUUCAGUCAACAAUGGGCCAAUCCCAUAUAAGUAUGGCAGUUUUGACACCAGUGAUUUGCUCAUGGCAGAGCUUAGGGUUCCUCUGCUGUGAGUCAGAAUGCCAGAAGCCAACCUCUGACCCUGUAUUCCAGGUGUGAUGUUGCAAGUGACACCUGAGGCAUAGCGCGCACACAUACACUGAUAGUGAUCCUUGCCAGCUACCCUACCCUAGCAAGCUACAGCAGAGCCACUGACACAUCCGCUGAAGGGGGUGAAAGUGCGCUUUAGAGGAUGUGACACACCUUUGACUUAGCAUUGACUCACCCUCCAAUCAUCCUUCAAGCAUUUUACUCACGUGAGGAGUGUUUACCAGGCUGCUUUGUCAAGUUUUAGUGCCUUGGUGAUGUCUGUCAACCCUCUAUCAACACUUUGAUUUGGACUGUUGACAAAGAUGGACAGGCAUAUCUGUCUUAUCGAUGUUCUAUCUGUACCAUGUGCAGGUCAUCGGGUUGACCUAGUGUGAGUAGUUCCUGUGUGUGCCUUGGGGUGCAGGGUGUGUCCUCGCCGUGUGUUUGAUCCCGGCAGUUUGAGCUCCUUGCAGGAGAGCUGCAGUGAGUGUCCCUCAUCACGGCCCUUAACACACACUGGGCUUGAUUAACGGUGAGCCCACAGAGGAUCUCCGUCGUGCUGAAGAAAGGACACACACCCCACACUAAUUCCCUUUCCUUUUGCCAUCUGAGCUGCGUCUGAGCUGCCGAGUGGCACUUCAAAGGUGGAGCGGGGUGGUGUUAAUCCAGGGCUGCUCUGCUGGGCUGGACCCCGGCUACCACGGACGGCCCCAGGUUUGAAGUGUGAUCAAAGUGCAGUCUGCCACUGAUAGAUGGGGCCCAGGGGCUGGCUGUCAUGGGACCAGGAAGUGCCAAGGAGCGUGACACAAGAUCUCAGUGUCCCUAUGUCGACGGAGGGAAGGGGGGAGACCAGAUCAGAACCAAAAGUCCUCCAUGAUAACCUAAAGUACACACAUGGACACAGACUUACAUUCACAACAAGCCUACACACUCAUACUCCCUCUCUCUUUUCCAAGGCUACACACACAGAUACGUUUUUGUUAUCCUACAUGUGCUAUCAUAACACUGAGCGUAGCUGUUGAAAGAGCCCCAUGUUCUAAGACAGAACUAAAAUCAUAGGCAUAGCACUGAGGCUAGCUAGAUAGGGUAAUUCCACGGGAACGGAAUUGCGCUGACUCAGAUUUGUUCACUUAAAAUGUAUGCCAAACAAAAUCAAUUUAGAUUUGUCAAAGUUGAACAAACCUUACAACUCUAUGCACAAGGACUACUUUUAACCAUUCACACUGAACAUUUUACAAACACACAUUUGCUGGAAGAACUGUGCAGAUGCAAAGUUUGGUAACAGAAUUUCGGUAUAAUCUCUGUGUCCACGUUUUCCAAAACCUUCAGCUCUGAAUUAAGAUUCAACGAUGUCUGCAGAAAGAAUAGGGUGUCAGCUAUGACGCGACACAUUGACUUUGAAAAAAUAUAUUUGGGAUACUGAACUGCAUUAAGUGAAGUGGAUUUACACCUGGUAAAGACAUUUCAUCAUGGGUCCCUGAUCUGUACUACACAGAAAUGCAUAAUUGUGACCCACCAUCUCUUUUCGGUCUUUCGCUCCAAAAUUUGAAAUUGUGUUUUUUAUAGUGGAUAACAGUACAGACUCGGAGCUUCAAAAUGGUAUAUCAUGCACUAGUUGAGGAACAAUGCGAAAGUAAUGCUGCUUUGAAAGUUGAUAAACUUGUUACCCCACUUUUGAGAAAAUGUCCCUUGAAUGUUUUGGUACACCUACUAGAGCUCUUUUUUUGUUUACACCUGUUCAGCAUCGUUCACACCCUCUUAAGCCUUAGGCCCACCCAUCUCUUUGAUUCACAUGUGAGGCCAUGUACUAAACAGUGUAUGUACAAUAACAAAACCAAUAAUGAUGGCAGUUAUACUGGUGAUAGAUGAGGUAGACUGUGUCUGUAAUCACCCCCAGACACACCUGGCUAAUUAGAUGGGCCAUGUAAAAGAGAGGCUAUAACCACAUCUGGCUAAGUGGCUGGGUCUAUUGUCAUGUACAUGAAAUACAAUAGAUGACCCUAAUCACCCCCAGACACCUGGCUAAAUUGAUGGGUCAUGUAAUCGUCUGACAAAGUGGAGUCUUUUGUUUAGAAAUCUAGCUAACUAAACAAUGAACCAUAAUUCCAACCCAUACAGUAUUGCAAUACAAACGGAUUGUCAUAGCUAGCCACCAUGCAUGAGAUGAUGUAGUAUGAAUCUGCAGGUAGCUAAAGCUAACCAACUAGGUUCAAUGGUAUCUAGCUAACAGUAGGCUAUAACUAGCAAUGCAAAUGGCUUUGAGAUAUGAAUGAUAUUACUACACAGAUCAUACACGUAGCUAGCUAACUAGGGAGCUAACAUUAGCUAGCUAACAGUAGGCUUUAACUUGCAAUGAAAAUGACUUUUUUACCAAAUUUGAAACGUAAGAUCUGAAAAUGUCCUCUCGUUUGCGUUUUGUACAGCUUGUCAAGUCACUCCGGUUCAAACUGACAGUGUUCAAUCCCAUAAUCAUCAGAUCGUUCUCCCUCUCAGUCAGGGAUGCCAUGGUUGAUUUCAAAACUCUGUCAACUUCUUCCGUGACAACACUGAUGAUCUCCAUUUCGUCCCCUUCACUGUGAUCAGAAGACGCUACAAUGUCUGGUUCAAUGGCUUUAACGUUUUACCUAGCUAAGUCAGCGAUUUCCUCAUCAUAUGAUUCAUUUUCAGAGUCAAAGAGUCUUUUUUGGGGGGGGGGUAGAAGGAUUACUUUAUCCUAUCCCAGGUGUUCCUUAAAGAGGUGGGGUUUCAAAUGUCUCCGGAAGGUGGUGAGUGACUCCGCUGUCCUGGCGUCGUGAGGGAGCUUGUUCCACCAUUGGGGUGCCAGAGCAGUGAACAGUUUUGACUGGGCUGAGCGGGAACUGUGCUUCAGCAGAGGUAGGGGAGCCAGCAGGCCAGAGGUGGAUGAACGCAAGCCCUCGUUUGGGUGUAGGGACUGAUCAGAGCCUGAAGGUACGGAGGUGCUGUUCCCCUCACAGCUCCGUAGGCAAGCACCAUGGUCUUGUAGCAGAUGCGAGCUUCAACUGGAAGCCAGUGUAGUGUGCGGAGGAGCGGGGUGACGUGAGAGAACUUGGGAAGGUUGAACACCAGACGGGCUGCGGCAUUCUGGAUGAGUUGUAGGGGUUUAAUGGCACAGGCAGGGAGCCCAGCCAACAGCGAGUUGCAGUAAUCCAGACGGGAGAUGACAAGUGCCUGGAUUAGGACCUGUGUCGCUUCCUGUGUAAGGCAGGGUCGUACUCUCCGAAUGUUGUAGAGCAUGAACCUACAGGAUUGGGUCACCGCCUUGAUGUUAGCAGAGAACGACAGGGUGUUGUCCAGGGUCACGCCAAGGCUCUUCGCACUCUGGGAGGAGGACACAAUGGAGUUGUCAACCGUGAUGGCGAGAUCAUGGAACGGGCAGUCCUUCCCUGGGAGGAAGAGCAGCUCCGUCUUGCCAAGGUUCAGCUUGAGGUGGUGAUCCGUCAUCCAUACUGAUAUGUCUGCCAGACAUGUAGAGAUGCGAUUCGCCACCUGGUUAUCAGAAGGGGGAAAGGAGAAGAUUAGUUGUGUGUCGUCUGCGUAGCAAUGAUAGGAGAGGCCAUGUGAGGAUAUGACAGAGCCAAGGGACUUGGUGUAUAGCGAGAAUAGGAGAGGGCCUAGAACUGAGCCCUGGGGGACACCAGUGGUGAGAGCACGUGGUGCGGAGACAGCUUCUCGCCACGCCACUUGGUAGGAGCGACCGGUCAGGUAGGACGCAAUCCAAGAGUGAGCCACGCUGGGCAUCUCCGGCGCGGCUCACUCUUGGAUUGCCCAGCUCGGAGAGGGUGGAGAGGAGGAUCUGAUGGUUCACAGUAUCAAAGGCAGCAGACAGGUCUAGAAGGCAGCAGACAGGUCUAGAAGGACAAGAGCAGAGGAGAGAGAGUUAGCUUUAGCAGUGCGGAGAGCCUCUGUGACACAGAGAAGAGCAGUCUCCGUUGAAUGACCAGUCUUGAAACCUGACUGGUUUGAAUCAAGAAGGGCAUUCUGAGAGAGAUAGCAAGAGAGUUGGCUAAAGACGGCACGCUCAAUAGUUUUGGAGAGAAAAGAAAGAAGGGAUACUGGUCUGUAGUUGUUGACAUCAGAGGGAUCGAGUGUUGUUUUUUUGAGAAGGGGUGCAACUCUCGCUCUCUUGAAGACGGAAGGGACAUAGCCAGCGGUCAAGGAUGAGUUGAUCAGCGAGGUAAGGGAGAAGGUCACCGGAGAUGGUCUGGAGAAGAGAGGAGGGGAUAGGGUCAAGCGGGCAGGUUGUUGGGCGGCCGGCCGUCGCAAGAUUUUAUCUGGAGAGAGAGGGGAGAAAGAAGUCAAAGCAUAGGGUAGGGCAGUGUGAGCAGGACCAGCAGUGUCAUUUGACUUAACAAACGAGGAUCGGAUGUCGUCAACCUUCUUUUCAAAAUGGUUGACGAAGUCAUCCACAGAGAGGGGAGGGGAGGGGAGGGGGGGGGGGGAUUCAGCAGGGAGGAGAAGGUGGCAAAGAGCUUCCUAGGGUUAGAGGCAGAUGCUUGGAAUUUAGAGUGGUAGAAAGUGGCCUUAGCAGCAGAAACAGAUGAAGAAAAUGUAGAGAGGAGGGAGUGAAAAGAUGCCAGGUCCGCAGGGAGUCUAGUUUUCCUCCAUUUCCGCUCGGCUGCCCGGAGCCCUGUUCUGUGAGCUCGCAAUGAGUCAUCAAGCCACGGAGCUGGAGGGGAGGACCGAGCCGGCCGGGAGGAUAGGGGACAUAGAGAGUCAAAGGAUGCAGAAAGGGAGGAGAGGAGGGUUGAGGAGGCAGAAUCAGGAGAUUGGAGGGAGAAGGAUUGAGCAGAGGGAAGAAAUGAUAGGAUGGAAGAGGAGAGAGUAGCGGGGGAGAGAGAGAGCGAAGGUUGCGACGGCACAUUAGCAUCUGAGUAGGGGCAGAGUGAGUAGUGUUGGAGGAGAGCGAGAGAGAAAAGGAUACAAAGUAGUGGUCGGAGACAUGGAGGGGAGUUGCAGUGAGAUUAGUAGAAGAACAGCAUCUAGUAAAGAUGAGGUCAAGCGUAUUGCCUGCCUUGUGAGUAGGGGGGGACGGUGAGAGGGUGAGGUCAAAAGAGGAGAGGAGUGGAAAGAAGGAGGCAGAGAGAAAUGAGUCAAAGGUAGACGUAGGGAGGUUGAAAUCCCCCAGAACUGUGAGGGGUGAGCCAUCCUCAGGAAAGGAACUUAUCAAGGCGUCAAGCUCAUUGAUGAACUCUCCAAGGGAACCUGGAGGGCGAUAGAUGACAAGGAUAUUAAGCUUAAAUGGGCUAGUGACUGUGACAGCAUGUAAUUCAAAUGAGGAGAUAGACAGAUGGGUCAGGGGAAAAAUAGAGAAUGUCCAUUUGGGAGAGAUGAGGAUUCCUGUGCCACCACCCUGCUGACCAGAUGCUCUCGGGGUAUGUGAGAACACAUGGUCAGAUGAGGAGAGAGCAGUAGGAGUAGCAGUGUUUUCAGUGGUAAUCCAUGUUUCCGUCAGCGCCAUGAAGUCGAGGGACUGGAGGGUAGCAUAGGCUGAGAUGAACUCUGCCUUGUUGGCAGCAGAACGGCAGUUCCAGAGGCUGCCUGAGACCUGGAACUCCACGUGGGUGGUGCGUGCAGGGACCACCAGGUUAGAGAGGCAGCAGCCACGCGGUGUGAGGCGUUUGUAUAGCCUGUGCGGAGAGGAGAGAACAGGGAUAGACAGAGGCAUAGUUGACAGGCUGCAGAAAAUGGCUACAAUAAUGCAAAGGAGAUCGGAAUGAAAUGAACUAAACAUCUGGGAAAGGAGAGAGCGGGGCCUCCCUCACCACAACACCCAAAUAUAACUCUCCCAACUUCCACCUCAGAAACUAUAAUUGUUGUGAACUACAGCGGUUCAAUGUUUUCUAGGAAUAGACUAACUUAGUUUAUUCAGCUAGCUAACUAGGUACAGUAUUCUUCCGUGAAAAUCGUCCAGGGCACCUAGUCAUAAGACGCCACAGCCAGCUAGCAUGCCGGACUCCAACAACACGGUUUAGCACCAAUACUCGGCCACAACAAACCACCAGUGUGUCAACACGCCAAGCAGAUCGUUCGUGUCCGUGUCUAACGUUGUGGGUUAGUCCCGACAUCUUGAGCGAGUCCGUCGUCAACUUAUUCAGCCAGUUAGUUAGCUAGAAUAGUUAGCAUACUAGCUAGCCAUUGCUUUCAGACAAAUAAGAAACCCCUCCUUUCAAUGCCUCUCCUGUGAAGUAGUGACGUGCGACAUACGCCUAGAUUCCUGAAACGGGGCACAUGUAGAGAUGAAGGAAUUUAGCUUUAAAAAUGCAGAAUUCUCUCAGCCUCAUUGAAAAAUGUGUAGAAUAGCAUGAGAUUAGCUAUAAAACUGGAUAUUUUUCUAUUUGCCCAUGGCUGUUUCAGUUAUUAAACAACUAAUUGACCGAUGUCUGUUCAAUUACUUGAAUUCCAUUUAGUUUCUUUUGUGAGCCCAACGCAUCGUUUUCUCUAGAGAGAUCAUAUAAUUUACGAGAGAAAUCAAGGCAAGAGCUAUGUGGGACACUGGGCUGAAGGGAGUUGUAGUUUUCAAAGUGUUGGUCCCAUGUUUAAUGAGCUGAAAUAAAAAAAUCCCAGAAAUGUUCCAUACGCACAAAGCUUAUUUCUCUCAUUCUGUGCACAAAUUUGUUUACAUACCUAUUAGUGAUCAUUUCUCAUUUUCCAAGAUAAUCCAUCCACUUGACAGGUGUGGCAUAUCAAAAAGCUGAUUAAGCACCAUGAUCAUUACACAGGUGCACCUUGUGCUGGAGACAAUAAAAGGCCACUUUUAAAUUGUGCAGUUUUGUUACACAACACAAUGCCACCGAUGUCUCAAAUUUUGAGGGAGCGUGAAAUUGGCACGCUGACUGCAGGAAUGUCCACCAGAGCUGUUGCCAGAGGCUUGCAUGUUAAUUUCUCUACCAUAAGCUGCCUCCAACGUCGUUUUAGAGAAUUUGGCAGUACGUCCAGCCGGCCUCACAACCGCAGACCACUUGGAACCACGCCAGCCCAGGACCUCCACAUCCGGCUUCUUCACCCGCGGGAUCGUCUGAGGGAGAGGGGGUGCUGAGGAGUAUUUCUGUCUGUAAUAAAGCCCUUUUGUGGGGACCAAUCAUGUGAAAUCCAUAGAUUAGGGCCUAAUGAAUUUAUUUCAAUUGACUGAUUUCCUUUAUAUGAACUGUAACUCAGUACAAUCUUAAAUUGUUGCAUGUUGCGUUUUAUAUUUUUCUUCAGUAUAGUUCAGCGCAGAAACAUGGUAAUGAACUACAAUGACCAUAAUCCAUUGCACCUGUUCUUUCCGUCCCGGACAGAGAUGGAUACACUUUUUUACGCCUGCUACGUUAGGUUCGAUACACACAGACCGCAUGAGAGAGGAAUGUACACAACGGGGAGAGCGCGGGAUAGACAGUUCGUGAAAGUAUGUCUUAUAUACUUUGAAGAACUAGUAAAAUGAUUGUCAGACAGCUCUGCAGCAUACUUAGGCAGGUUAGCCUAGCUAAAUAGGAUGACUGAAGACUGCACAGAGAUAAUAUUGUCUGUCUGGCUGGCUGCUACUGCCUGAGCAGAGAUGUGAAGAUGACUUUAAGGAAUGAAAAAUUGUGAAGUCAUCAAAUAAAAACUGUUAUAUACACAACUGACAUAUUUGAUUAUUUCAUAGUCCUUUUUUAUUUUUCUAUUGAUGUCUACACAAUGUGGACCUGACAGAGACAAUGGAAUAUUUUCAAUGUUUUGGCAAUUACAUUUUCACUCUUUUUGGCUUUGGAAUGUCAAUUAAACUCAAAUGUAAUUGUUUCAUAAUGCAUUUUAAUGUUUUCUUUUUUUUUUCUUUCGAAACUCAAAUCAAAACCCAAGAUUUUUAUUUUUUUAGAAUCGAACCAAAACUGAAACGGCUUAAAAAAACAAUCGCUCAGCGUUACUGGUAGCUAGCCAUGUUAUUGUCGUUUCUGUCCCCCCAGUUCCAGGCCCUCCCAGGGUUGUGAGCUUCCCUCCUCCCAGGCUCUUCAUAUUGUCUAACCUGUCAAAUUUUACAACAUGAGGAGAUUGAUCAAUAGGUUUUUUAAUUGGUAAUUGAAAUGUGCUCAAGAAGCUUAAUGAACUCUGCAUUUUGAAUAAUAGGACUUGGAGAUAAAGAAUCAGCCCAGCCAGCUCCUCUGGCAUGUUUCGGAGUAGCUAUCUGAUGAUUUUUCAUCCUGCUGACUGACUCCUAGCUUCCUUGCCUCUCCACAGCCAGGAGGUGUGGAGGCUGACCCCCCCCCCCCAGUGACCCGGCACUCAGACGUUUUUCUCUAGAGAGAGGCAGCAAGCUGCACAAUGAAACGGGCCUCCUCGCCCUUCAGUUAAUUCUGGACUGUCACCAUGCUUUUUCUUUGGGGAGGUUUGUUGUUGGUGGUGGAGGGGAGAUGUGUUUAAUGCAGAGAAUUUGGAAGUGGGUACUGUAGAUCGAGACAGAAGGGCAUGGUGUGGCAGUCAGCUGCAGGCCGAUUUACUUUUUAAAGGGGAAUGGCCAAUGCAGAAGGGUCGCUUUGCAUCCUGGGAAAGUGGGAAGAAAGGAUAAGUGAAAUGGACACUUGGCUGAUAGAGCACUUUGCAUUAGCAUUUUUCGCCCUCUCAGCCUCCCUUGUCUCUGCCCAGCCUCUGCUCUGUAGCUGAGGGCCUUUGGGUAUCCUGGGGAGAGAGCAAAGCAUGCUGGGUAACGGUGUGAGGCAGUGUGGGGCGCUGUGGCCCGGUUGAUCAGCGGAGGAGCGGGGGGGCGGGUCUGUGCGCAGGCCUUAGGCUCCUGCUGCUGUGUCUCCUUGGCUCUUUCAGGGCCUUUAGAGUUUGCUCUCCCGGUUACUGCCGCUUCAUAAACCCUCAAUGGCACCACACAAUGCCAGGCAGGAGAGGGGUCAGGUUUGAACUUGAACCUCUCCUCCAACCGCUGGCAAAAAGGACUCCUCUGAGAACAUGUGAGCUAGUCCCCCCUCCCCACAGCAACUCAAUCACAUAAACAAGUCCCCACACACAGCCUACCUAGUAUGGUUGUUUGUCACGAUCAAGCGUGUUAGACGCUAGAGGUGAAAUACUGCCCGUAAUUCUGGUCCCCUAUGGCUCUCACAAUAUAAGUUACUAGUUCCAAUAUCCACACUUCAACCAAGUUUUGCUACGAGAACUUCUGUUUCAUUGAAAAUGUCACUGUGGCUUGGAAACCCUAAAUUCCCAUCACCUCCUACCGUUUUACUCCAGGACAUCCAUAUCACUUUGGAAUCUCAGCUUUUUUUUUACCGCACCAACCUGUGACGAAUACCAACCAUAAAAUGUUAUAUGGGCAGCAGGUAGCUUAGUGGUUAAGAGCGUUGUGCCAGUAACCGAAAGGUCGCUGGUUCUAAAAAAAAAAAUAUCUGUCUGUGCCCUUGAGCAAGGCACUUAACCCUAAUUGCUCCUGUAAGUCGCUCUGGAUAAGAGCGUCUGCUAAAUGACUAAAAUGUAAAAUAUGCAGACUUUAAAACAAAUAUUUUUAUGUGCCUUAAAAAGAGGAUCUCCAUAUAGCUCAAAGGCUGACCUCUUCCCCCUGCUGUGUGUGUCUCUGUGUGGUAGGAGCUGGAAGAGGCGCUACAGAAGCAGGACAUAGACUUUCUGGCUGACCUCCUCGUCUCACUGCUGCAAGGAUGCUACCAGCGCACAGACAUCACGUAAGUAGUACCCCCGGCCUUCCCACAUCCUUUAUUAAAUUUUUAUUAGUUAAAUAUUGACUAGGUCUACCUUUUUAGCUCACUAGCACACACUGCAUUUACCUUCCUUAUAACAGACCAACGUUGCGUUAUCUUCCCCAUCUUGGUGACAACAUCCAGGGGCCCGUAUGGGCCAGCACACAGUGAAACACAGGAAGUUUGAGUCACAAACCCUGUUAGUAGUGAGCACAUCAGAAUGUGCACAGCUUGUGUUGAAAUCAGCCUUUGCAACUGAGUGAGAGUUCUCACAAAGGAAACUAGGGUUAGGAGGAUUUUUCCCUGGGGGGGUCAGUUCCUUUGAUGUGUAAGUGUGAGAGAUAGAGAGUGGGAAGAGCACAGGAAAGUAAAAUGAAUGUUCCAGUCCUGAAGGGGUCCCCACCCACUACCACUACCACCACCUCUUCUGGGGCCUCAUUGAUCAAAGGUGCGUGCGCUCAAAAAAUACUCAACCUUGCGUGCGCCAGUUUUCCCACAAAGGUUGGUAUUAAUAAAUGUUUUGCUUAACGAGAAAGUGUGCAUAUCUUCACGGAAAUCUCAAGCCAUGCAUGCACACAACUUCUAGAAGGUUGAUCAACUGUAUUGCAAGCAAAUAGGCUUAUUGUUUGUUUGGGGGAAAUUGGAGGUGUUUGCUCAGGAAUUGUAAUAGUGGUAGGCUAAUAGAAACACAAUCAUGUAUUGAUAAACAAAAUAUUGAACAACAAUUUGUAUUUUGCAUAGCUGUGUGGGCUGUAGCAUUUACUUUUAAAUUGUUCGAAAGGACAAUCAGUCUUGGCAGAAUGAGCGGCCAGUGUUUGGCACUCGCUAGGCGGCAUGCAUUUUUUUAUUUGGAAAAGUCACUAACAUUCUGCCCACACCUCUACAGAAAUGUGAUCAAAUUUGGCAGUGCACUUUCUUUUAGGAGCUCAUGGCCCAGUUCCAACAUUUCCAAGUCAUAUAGAAAAUGAGGGUGUUUUUGUUAUCAUAAAAGGUGAUUGUAGGGUGUUUUCCAGAUAGGGUUGUACUGCUCGUUCACCACCGCACAAAUAUGGCUCUGAUUUAUCAAUGAAAACAUGUGUAUAUGUUGCGUGUGACAGUUUGAUAAAUCCCAAUAAUUUGUGGCGCAUGCAAAUCCUAGAAUCUCUGCGUACACCAGAAUUGAGUAAGACAUUUACGCACUGUUGAUAAAUUGACAUUUUAGUCAUUUAGCAGACGCUCUUAUCCAGAGCGACUUACAGGAGCAAUGAGUGUUAAGUGCCUUGCUCAAGGGCACAUCGACAGAUUUUUCACCUAGUCGGCUUGGGGAUUAGAACCAGCGACCUUUCGAUUACUGGCACAACGCUCUUAACCACUAAGCUACCUGCCGCCCCCUGCUCUUGCUCCAUCAGCACCACCGGGGCAGGCACCAGUCAGCCUGUGACUCGGGAGGGAGGUUAGGACUGAUCCAGUUUCCACACUGGCCUUAUUGGACUGGACAGCCACUGGCAUCUCGGGGGUGGCUGCUCGGCUCUGGCCUUUCACAGAGCUGCCCUUUUCAUCCACACGCAUUAAACGCUCCGGCGGAGCUGGGGAGGGGGGUGGUGGUGUGUUAGCAGAGGAGGAGGAGGGGGGAGAGCGAGAGAGAGAGCUGGGGUAGUGGGGGGGCCUGCAGCUGUCUGAAAGUGCACACUGCUCUUUCAAGAUAAGCAAUUUUUUAUCCUUUCUUUUCUCGUUGCAUCGGCACUCACCCCUGCCCUGAGCCCUUGUUUCUGUGCAUCUGAGCAGGAACUGAAGGGUUCCAGAUUAUUCAGACAGAUCUGACCCGGAACCAACAUUUAUUUACCAGCAUCCAACUUAGAACAAUGAUACAAACCCACUCAAAUGCAAAGAAAUGGCUUUCUUUUCACCUUCCUUUUUCCUUCAGAACCACUACGGUAUGGCAGCUUGAAUUAUUUCAUGACUAUCACAAUGGACAGCCUGUUGAAAUUGAGACGUUUAUAUACGCUUGCUUUACAAAGCACACUUUAAGGACAAGGAUUUGCAAGUGAGUGAAUAACGGUGCGCCAUAUUGUCAGAUCCCAAUGGCCUCUUUUCGAAGGCGAUUUGUUGUAUUGUUGUUAUUUCUGUCCAACCAUCGCCCAAUCAGCGUUCCUUUUAAUUGCGUAGAUUGGUGUCAAUACAAAGCACAUGUUCCAAGUUUUGACCUUUGACACUAUUAGAACAGUAGGCGUUUGAGAAUGAAGGACUUCUUGUUGAAGAGAUUAAUGAGUAUGUGACAUGAAUGGGUUAGAAACAACUAAAUUAUCCAAUGUUGUAUAGGAACCCUUGACUAGUUUGCUCCAACAAAAUUCACUGCAGUAGAUCGCAAUAUGGUUUUGUUAAUACCCAGCCCUCCUCACUAUUGUAUUGUCAUACUAACAUGUCAUUGACUCUGAGAGAUUUAAUGGCGAUGCUUUACUAGGUGUGGGAAGACAUAUGGGACUAAUCACUCCUCUCCCCCUCCCAGCCCCCAGGCAUUCAGCGGUUACCUGGACGACAUCAUCAACUACCGCUGGGAGCUGGAGGAGGGGAAGCCCAACCCCCUGCGCCAGGGGCCCUUUGAGGAGCUGGCCCCACGCACGCAGGUGGAGCUGCUGCACAGGCUGUGUGACUACCGCCUGGACGCUGCCGAUGUCUUCGACCUGCUCAAGGUACUACGCGCACACACCCACACACAGAGAGUACACCUGUUUUAACUCCAAUUAUGACUCUUUCAGAGUUAGCAUUGGGAAAACGGUAACAAAAAAAGACAGGAUAAACACUUUUUUUGGUAGCUGUAGUUAUGGUGAAUUAUUGUGACACCAUUGAUUGUGACUGGCAUCUGGUGCUAUCUAACCUGAUGAAGUGAAUUAUAUACAUUAUUAAUCCAUGCCAUGUUUGAGCCCAGGGCCUGGAUGCGGACAGCCUGCGCGUGGAGCCACUGGGGCAAGAUGGGAGCGGUACCCUCUACUGGUACUUCUAUGGUACCCGCAUGUACAAAGAGGAGCUGGUGAAGAGGAAAGCAGAGCAGCUCCGGUAAGAGGGUUGCACCAUAGGGCACCGGCUGUAGACGGAUGGUUGAUUCUUGGCCAUAAUUCACCAAUACAGAGGUCGCAGUAUUUGAACACUAUGCUGGUCUAUACCAUGUUUAAAAAUAAAUGUAUUCUCUGAUACUGUUAUUUUCUGUAACGCAAUGAGCUAUGUAAUAUUUAAACAGUAGCACUUCCUACUGCCAAUUCUGUUUUCUAAGGAAGGACAAAGUGAGCACCAACAAAGUAAUUCUCCAUAACUACAUGUACUUGCUAGCCUGUUAGAGGUUAAUCACACAGGUCACUCCGGUAAUAGCUACCCUGGUAAAAGGCCUGUGUAAUUUUAAAGUGUGGGCGGAUAUUUGUUUUUCAUGGUGUUGUUGUCCCACAGUGAAGCCCCUGAGAUCCAUCCAGCAGAGAAGAGGAAAAGAGGGAGACCACCAAAGAAGAAAGUGGAGGAGAUCCAGUUAAGGUAGGACCAGCAGCAGGCUCUCUCCUUAGUGGUCUCACAUUCUCUCCACUCUCAAACAAAAUGUCUCCAGAGAAAUAAAUGUAUUCACCAGCUUUGUUCCCCAGGCCUUGUUCAUGCAAUGCUUUGGAGUGCAUGGUAAGUACUGAACGGGCUGUCCUGUUGUGUUUCAGUGAGGUGGAGAGCGAAGUGAAGGAGAAUGGACUGGAAGGUCUGCACUCAGGCACAGGUGAGCAAAAAGACAAAGCUAUCAGAACCAUGGUCUGUUUAGAUCGACUUCUACUUCUGACUAGAGAUUAUAUUGAUGUUGACCAUGAUGUUGUGUCUGUCCGUCCGUCCAGACCGUGAGCGUGGCGCCUGGUCCCUGGUGUGUGACACAGAGGAGCAGUGGGCCAGUCUGGCCGAUAGCAUCAAGGACAAAACGUCCCCCCAGGACCGCCACCUCUACCGCAUCAUCAGCCAGAACUUCCUCCCUGAGAUCAGCAGCAUGAUCGAGCUCAAGGUCAGACAGCUCUCGUCUCUUCUCUACUCACUCUUCAUUCAGACACUGACUCCAGGAGGCGUUGGGAAAUGGAGGCUGGGAGGGAGGCUGUGUGAUGUGGCUACAGGUGUGGAGGCAGACUGGUCUAUGCUUGCCCAGAACAUCAGCUUCUAAACCCUACUGAGCCUUGGGCCCAAAGCAUGUCUGUCUCUCUCUGUCUGUCUGUGGACCAGUUGCCCUGUGUGCAGCUGCUGCUGGCAUGACAGUCGGGGCUGGGGACACUCAUUUAUCGUUUUUCUUCUAGGGAAUGAGACUCCCCUCAGGGAGAGAUUGACGACGUGUUUUAACUGUUCAAACUCUGCCCUUUUAAGACAUUGCGUACUCAUUUAUCUUUGAGUAUACAUAGUUAGACAGUAUAGAUGUUGCGAGACGAGCACAUUCUGGUUGGUGGUGGCUGCAAUCCCUAGUCCAACAUUUCCUAGUGUCCUCUUGUCUGAUAACACAUACUGGCCCUGUUGUUAUAGAAACCCAACACAGCCUGCCCGUCCUUGUGGUCUGUGACGGUCAAAAGCCCUCUGGCCGUUCUGUCGGCAUAGGGUCAUUCUCAAAUGAUCACCCGAUGGUGACCUGUCCUUCACGGCCAGCAUGCCUGGCUGGUAUCUAUCUGGACAUAUUCACAGUUCUCAAGCUGCUGAACAUUCCCUUCCCAUCAGGUGCAGACUCUGGCAGUACAGAGCAGGCGUCUGGGUUGUAUGUGUGUAGUAGCGUGAGCUCACACAGCCGUGGAGCCCUCCAGUUCCCGUCCAGAGCCAUUUGGUGGGGCGCUGACUGGAAGCAGGCGCUCACCUUGAGGCGGGAUAGAAGCCUCUUGAUUGACGGCCCUCUACGCUGCAGGAUUGUCGACCACUUAAGUGGCGACACCAGAGGCAGUCCAUCUCCUGUGUGGGAUUAAGUGCUGUGGGUAAUGCAGAGCAGAGGAGCCCCGGGAGACGCCGGUGCUGCGGUGCAGAGAGAGAAGACUGGGGGAUGGGAGCUGUAGCUCAUUCAGCAAUUUGACAGCCCCUCUGGUGGUGGUGGCGGUCAUAAGCACCAGUGGAGGUAGCUGCCUUGCUCGAACUCGUCCACAUGCUGCUGGCAGGCAGAACUCUAGAAGGGGGAAGGGGGUAGGCCGGGUGGUGGUGUUCACAGGCCCUGACAGGAAGCACCAAGAUAUAGAUACUCCCUGGCCCAGAGGAUUCCGCUCUGACUGCGGCUUCCUUCUGUUGUUUUUUUCUUCCACGUUGUAGUCUGUGUAUAAACGUUAACGGGUUGUAUUCUGCGAACAAUUUUGAUACUCAUGGACACAUUUGUGAAAUAUUAAAUCAUGUAACUUACUUACUAAUUGCUACAAUAUAGGAUUUUUCAUCAAGUGGCAAUGCUGUGGUCUGUUUGCAAAUGCAAGAACACACACAUGAAACAGCCCAACCUGAACUCCCCUGGCUUUUAGUGGUAAUUGUUACGUUUGAUUAUUAAUGUCACGGGGAGCAUGGAGGGGUUUGAUUUGUUUGGUUAGUCAGAGACACCCUGGGAGAUAGGUAGCGCGGUUGGUGGGGUUUAAAUUGGGGUAGUCGGGGGGAGGAGGAACAGAGCCUGAAUCACCCCGAGGGCAUGUGACCCCCCCCCCCCCCCCCUCUCUCCUCACAGCUCUGCUGGAAGAGCACAGAGGAUUCCCUGGGUAUUGGCUCCCGUGGAAGCGUUACUUGAUCAAUGCAACUGCGUGUGAUUUUUGUGUGAAUAACGAAGCCACUUAUUUGUGUUUUAAUCUUGAUUAUUUUGCCUCUCCAGGAGAAUGAGCAGAAGCAGAGGCUGCUGGACCCAACCCCAGUACGCAGCUCUUACCGGCUCUCUGAGAAACGCAUGAGCCAAGAGGAGGAGGUGAGACUAGCUGUGUGUGUGUGUAUAGAUGGUUCUUAGUGUAUGUCCCAUCUCCUGUGAGACCCAGUGGACUGAUAGUUUCCUGUGUGUGUCCAGGACACGCUGCAGGCCAUAGCCGACGUGGAGCAGCAGAAACAGAGGGAUAUGGACAUGGACAGGCAGGCCCUGCUGGCGGAGCAGAGACGAGAGGAGGAGAUGCUGCUGCAGGAGGAGCGCCAGAGAGAGGAGCUGGAGAGAGUCAAAGCUGUGGAGGGUGAGUAGUGGAGCUGGGAGGGGUAGACUGGGUGAGGCUCAGGGUCUUACACUUACAAACUCUGGGAUCGAAGACAUGAUGGAUUCUAAAGGACAGCCAAACUCUAGAAGCACAAGCAUUUCGCUACACCUGCAAUAACAUCUGCUAAACACGUAUGUGACAAAUAAAAUGUGAUUUGAUUUGAAGAUCCUUCAUCUGUAUAUUGCACUGCAUUGGGCUGUGAGUGGGAAUGUUGAGCCCUUUGAAUCACAGGAGUCUCUUCCUCCGUCUGAUGUCAUCUGUCAAGGGUUAAUUAACUGGUGAACAACCCUCAUGAAUGUAUUAUAGAUGAACAGCAGGACCGGCUGGGUUGGGCUGCUUGGUCUCGGGUGGAUCGGAGCCUCAACCCUCCAACAUCUUUUAAUCCGCACAGCAGGGGGCGGCCUUUCAUGUUGAAAGAUAAAGCGAUAUGUGCUCCUCUCUGUUUCGUCUUUUGAUCAGCUAUGCCUGCAAAAAGAUGGUUGAUGAAUCACUCUUCUCUGAACUCCUUCAGUCUCUCGUGAUGUUCGGCCUGGUUUUUAUUGACUCUGCGAACCAGCAGAUGGCCGGAUGGGCAACAGGUGCCCUUGAAUCUGUAAGAAGAGACUAGGAAGUACCACUAGCGUUAGCACACUAUUCCUCAUGCUGUUGUGUGUAAUUCAUUGUGGUUCCUGUGUUCUGUUGUGUCCCCCAGAGCGAGCGCGGCGGCGGAAGCUGCGUGAGGAGAAGGCCUGGUUGAUAUCCCAGGGGAAGGACCUGCCCCCCGAACUGCUGCACCUGGAGCCCCACUCACCCAUCCGACGCGCCCGCAGGACGAAAGCAUUGUAAGAGCACACUACUACUCAACACUAGAGUACUGAUCAUUUAUGGAGAGUAACCUGUGUGGAUUUGUUUUGAAAAUGUUCUAUCUUUUAUUGCAGCUAUGAAAUUGAUGAUGAUUAUACAGCGUUGUACAAAGGUGAAGUAAUGAAUAUGCUCUGUCAUCUAUGCAAUCAUCAUUGUAUCAUAUCUGCAUGUGCAAAGCAUAUCGACCUGCUGCAGAUUUUUCUGGACAGUGAGCCAGGAUGUUUCCUCUGUUCUGACUCCAACUGUUCUCCACAGUGUUGGAGGCCCUGAAAGCCCACAAAGACUCCUGGCCCUUCUUGGAGCCUGUGGAUGAAUCCUAUGCCCCCAACUAUAAUGAGAUCAUUCAGGUGAGCGAACUCACAGUGAAAAAGACUGGUCCAGACUUUGUCAAAUGAAGGUUAGAUGCCUCGGUUAUGAGUUAUUUCACAUUGUAAUUUGAUGUCAUCCAUUCCACAUGUAGCAAUUCUUGUUAACCCUGAUUUCUCCUCAGACUCCGAUGGACCUAUCCACCAUCGAGAGGAAGCUGAAUGAAGGGGAGUACAUUGCCAAGGACGAGUUUGUGUCCGACGUGAAGCUCAUGUUUGAGAACUGCAUUGAGUACAAUGGGGAAGACAGUGGUAAAGACACACCUCUUAAUCUUGAGCUUAACCUCAUGCUUUUUAGUCAGAUGCAUGAUGUCCCUCAAAUGCCUCUAGCAUGUGAAAAAUGCUUUUUGGGAUUGACUUUGGACUUGAUUUAUGAAUGUGAAAUAGAUAAAUUUGACUAAGUAGAGGAGAGAAUUUUGGGGGAGAGUUGGGCUGUUAUGUGGCUCUGGCCCUGACAGAUUUGACAGUGAUGAAUGGGGAGUGAUUGAGCUGUGCUCGACUGCACCAUGCCCUGCAGUGCCCUGCCUGCCUGCCUGCCAGAGAGACAUUCCAGCCCCUAGCUAAACCCCCUGUCUGGAGCCAUAUGUCUGAAUGCUCUCCCCAGGGAGAGGCACGGGGGCCAGGGGUCAACCACACCACGGCCCUCUGGCCUGGUCAGCCUGCCGGCCAACGCUGGGGUGUGUCUUAGCGAUGGCAUGCAGAGGAUACUCUGAUAUUUGUGUGUGUGUGUCUGUGUUUAAUUGGCCAGGUGAAUGAGCCCUGUGUGCCUGUCUGUGUUUUUCUUCAGAGUACAGCAUCAUGGCGGAGUCCCUGGAGCGCUGUUUCAGCCGAGCGCUGCUCAAGCACUUGCCGUCAGAGGACGGUGACACGGACGAGGAGUUCCACGUGAGCGGUGAGGACCGUGAGAGAGACCGCAAGGAGAAGAGGCGGAGCAAAGGCCCCAAACAGGCGGGGCCAGAACGCUUGAGCCGAGCCACUGAGCAUGCCUCGCGCAAACGGACACAUCCAGGGGGCAAGGGCAGCACCGCCAUGGAGGAGGAGGGGAACAAGGCGGCCCAGCCUGCCCCUCCCCCCCACUGGGCCAACAGACACCCCCAAGGCAUGCCCCAUGGACAACCCCACCCUGGGAAUCUUUACCACCUAGCACAGCAGGUAGCUAGGAACUCUGCUUUGAUUUUCUGUUCUUUAGGCUUAAAGGGAGGCCUUGCAUGUCAAAACAAUAUUUCACAUAGGAGAUAGUGUUUUACUGCUUUAGUGAGAGUUGGUAAUGAAUGAAGAGAAAAACAGAGUUAAAAGGGUCGUUUUAGGUGAGGACAGAUAACUGCAUGACAUUUUAGACAUGCGAUAUUGAACUGCCAUCCAUUCUGCAGCAGCUCCAGCGUCCCCAUGGUCCACUCAUGUAUGGCCAGAGGAUGGCCAUGGACCCCCGCUACGCCUACCCUCACCCUGGACAGGGACACAUGCCCCAUCCUGGAGACCCCAAUGCUCACCACAUGCCUCAACAUUACAACAUGCAGGUGAGAUCAGCUAAGAAAACAAUCCCAAGGAGUUUUCACAGAUCUGAUGAGGAACUAUCCAGUUAUCUGCUCUGCUCACACAGUGUGCUCAAGCUGAACAAUGUUUUGUGUGUUUCUGAUCUGUCACAGUUGGUUAUAUUUGCUGCUAUGCAGACAUACUGAUAGACGUCCUUGUAUUCCAGCCACACCUGGGGGACGGUCACCACAUUGGCCCUAGAUACCAGGUGGGGCCUGAUGGCCGGCAUCUCCAUCCCCAGCACCAGCAGCAGCAGCACCCCUACAUGGGUCCCACCCACGGCCCCUCACUGGGCCCCCGCCCUGUGGCCCUCCAGUCUGGGGGCCUCUGCACCCCCACGUCGGAAGGCAACAUGUACCCUUCCCGCCAGCGCACCGACGGCCACCUCAUGCACCCCGGAGGGAACCGCUACCCCGGGCCUGACCUCCCACCACAACACAACUACCCAGCCUUCCGUCCAGGCAUGGGCAUGCCUCCUAACAUGUGGUCAGGGAUGAACAACCAAGGCCAGCAGAGGCCCAGCGGACCUGGGAUGCAGGAGCAGAAUAUGGCCAACCACCAGCAGCACCCCUAUUUCCAUGGGGGUCCACGUCCCAUGGGCCCCAAACCCUGGCCAGAGCAGCCUGGUGGCCCUGGAGGGUACCCCCCACCCCCCAACAGCCUGUACAGGAUGCCCAGUGGCAUCAGCAGCUCCUCGGGGCCCAUGGCCCUGCGGCCACCCAUACCUCAUCAGGACUCCAUGCAGCGUCUGGCCUCUAUGCUGGAAAGCCCAGAGAUGAUUGCCCUGCAGCAGCUGUCUGCCUCCUCCACCGGACUCCCUGCUGGCUCCUCUCGCCAGCACAUGGGCAACUUUCAGCAGCAGCCCUCACAGGGAGUUGGCAGCUCCCCAGCUCAAGCUCAGCCCUCGCAGCACCCACCUCCCCCUGAAAUUCAGCUGCUGCGUCCUGCCAGAGACGACGGCCCAGAUAGCCAGCCUGCCCAUCACACAGACAUGCAGCCCAAAGGUAGGAAUGAUCUUCUCUGCUUUACAACUCUCCCUCUAAGCUUUAUGAAAAUCAACCUGGAUCCUCAUCUACCUCUAAAAAAUGAAUUUCAAAAAAUGUCAGGACUAUAUUUCAUAAGCAAACCCUCUCCCCUCAUUUCUUUGCAAUGGGAUGGUAAUAAUUUUUCACAGUAAGUGACUAAUUAAAUAUUCAUCAGUUCAAUGAAGUCUUGCGACUUGCUUUGAGGGUGGAACUGAGAGAUGACAUGUCAUCACACUGCAGCUACACUAGCAAGAAGAUGUUUUGAUAUAAAAGGACAAACCUAACAUUUUUCACAAACAAAUAUGAUAAAAGAUGGUGUUAAUUUUGUGACUAUAAUUUAUAGUGUGCCAUGAAAAGUAAUAGGACAUGUUCUCCGUCUGUAGAGGCAUACACUCAGAUGUUCUACAAAUGGAUCCUUUGUGUUCACUGUAGCAACCUUCCUCUAUAUUCUCUGUCCUAACAGGGUCCACAUCAGAUCCCAAAACGACCAAUAAAAACCAUGCAGGAACGCGGGUAACCCCCGUCCAGUCUGAACAGAAGCGCCCCUCAUUCCCCAGUCCCACAGAGCCUCCCAGUUGCCCCACUGGGGGCAUGCAGAGCCCCUCUGCUCCAAACUGGGGCAGAUCACAGGAGAGGGGUAGCGGGACCGGGGAGCAGGCUGCGUCUGGUCCGGGACACCCAAAGAGCUCCGAGACAACCGGCAACCAGGAGGUGGAGAGAAGAGGACAGUCAGUCAGCCAGACUUCUCCUCAACAGAACAUCCCUUCUAUUGUUCCUCCUCCACACCCCCACAAUUCACCUCACUCCCAGAACUCUCCGCACUCCCAGAAUGCUCCACAGCAUAUUACCCAGAUCCCCCCUCAGCAAAUCCCAGAGAAUGCCCCUCACCCUCAGAACGCCCAUCAACACAUGAUCCAGAAUGCUCAGCAACAAAACAUCCCUCAACAUAUCAGUCAGAAUGUCCCACAGCAAGGAUCAAAAAAAAAAAAACAGCGAAACCCUCAGAACACACCUCCACAUGUGGCUCAGAAUCCCCUUCAACGUGGUCCACAGCCAAGCCCCAUGCAUGGAAUGCCAAAGAGCGCCCCCCAAGGGGCCCAGCCUGGCCCUGGUCCACCACAGCCAGCCCCUUUCACCUCCCUGCCCCCCAGCCACCCUGUGUCCCAGCUGCCUCCCCAGCCCAGCCCAGCCGACCAUGGAGACCAGAGGCCCAGCGAGCCCACUAGCAGAAGGGACUCUGGAGGCAGCUCUGGUAACCCCAGCAUGAUGAAGUCUGGACCUCCCAACGGCAUCUAUAAACAACAGUCGUUCAGUCCCAAGGCGCAACAGACACAGUUGGGUAACCAGGGCAGGCCAGGGCCAAGGGGACCAGUACCUGGUCACAUCCCAGCCAUGCCUCCCCACUCUCCGGGCCAGGAGACUGGAGCCAUGGGCAGCCCAACACAUCCACACUAUGGUCAACCUAUGGGCAGGCCCAUGCCCCCUUCAAAUCGGCAGCCUUACCCAAACCAAGCUAUGCCCCAGACCAUGAACCCCCACCAUAACCCUGCCGGCUACCCCACCUACCACCAGCAAGGAGCUGCCUAUCCAUACCACAUGGCCCAGCAGCAGCAUCUCCAGGGCCACACAAACAUGUACCCCCAGUACCAGCAGCAACACUUCUACCCCCAGCCCCAGGGCAACAGCCAGGGGGGCUACCCCCCUGAGGAGUGGCACAGGCAGCAGCAAUACCAGCCUCGCCACCCCAUGCCCUCUAACACCUACUUGCCUGCAACUAGUGCCAAGGUCAAUGGGCGCCUGAAGGAGGGUAGCAGCAUGGGCUCCCCCCUGGGCUCUGAGGGCUCCGGGGGCAGCCUGAUGUCCCCAAGUCUCCUGCCCGAGGGCCCCCAUGGAGGCGCUGUGGAGAAGGAGAGCAGCCCAAUGAAGCCUCAGCAUGCUCGGGAGGAGGAGAGCUCAGAGCGGCCAGAGAGCCCCAAAGAGAUCCUGGACCUGGACAGCCACAACGCUGCCGCACGCCGCCGGAGUGGCCAGCCCCCGCCUCAAGUGGCCAACUUCCUGUACGACCCCCGAGCAGUGCAUCCUGGGAUGCAGCAGGGCGGGGCCCCGCCCCCCCACAUAAUGUCUCGGCCUCCGUACCCUAGCCAGCCCAGCUACCCUAGUGGACACUACACUCCCCAGAGACCCCACCCCCACCUCAUGGAGGCCCUGCAGCGGCCCCAGCACCUUCCCUUUCACCCGGGACAGACCCGCAUGGCCAUUUACAGACACCCCCAGGCUGAAGGCCACUUCCAAGGCAUGAUGGUCCAGCAGAGAGGCCUGGUUCCUGAACACUUCCUUCACCCAGGGUAAGAAAGAGCUACACUGGAGAUUCUUACUGUUCGUUCAUGUGCAAGGCUCCCUUGCAGGGCUUCGGUCUCAAUGGGACUCCCUGCUAAAAAUACAUAAAUACAUAAAUACAUACUGAAAAGAGGUUAUUGAUUUAAAAAAAAUAUAUAUUAUGUCAUCUUGUAGGCAGCAGAUGAUGUCUCCCAGUGGUCCCAGCAGUAAACUGGGAGUUUGA